CAGCUGCACAGUGAGGAGUCGCAAACAGAACAAAUAUGAUUCACACUCAAACAAUUGAAUAGGUGAGCUGUCCGCCAGCAAAGCGCUGCUGAAUGAAGAAGGAACUCACUCAGACAGCGGCUUAACUCACUCUCUAGGUGUAUCAGUGUUGUUUUAAAUUCCGGAAAUUCUCAAUUGGUUCUCACUAAUCCAAAUCAUAGUUGCUCCACCUUGGAGGACAAUGCCUACUCACCCAUUGCUCCCAUUUGUGGAGAGCCCAGAUGGACUGGGCCAAGACAUUCUGAUCAGUAGCAACGCAAGCAUGCCAGGGCCCGGCUCAAGCCUGACGCCCCACAGCACCUCCUCAGAAAAGGUUGUGUUGCAAAGUGGAGGAAAUCUGCCACUGUCUUGCAUGUUCUGUGAUGAGACCUUUACUCACCAGGAGGAACUAGGACCCCAUGUAUUAACCCAACACCCCACCACACUGUUUGAACCAGCUGUGCUUCGCGUUGAGGCAGAAUUCAGGAUCCCGGGAGAGAGGCCCCGUGCCAAACCGAGUACUCUCCCACUUGAAAAGGAAGAGGUGUUCAGCUGUAUUGUGUGUGGCCAGGUAUCACAAGAUGCCAGUGAACUGGAAACCCAUUUGAGGAAGCACAAGGACUACUUCACUUACUGCUGCAAUGUCUGUGGACGACGUUUCAGAGAGCCUUGGUUUCUCAAAAACCACAUGAAGAUGCAUGUAAACAAGACAGGAGCAAAGAACAAGGCCCAGCAAGACCUGGAGACUCCCGUCACAAUCAAUGGCAUUAUUCAAAACCACACUUCAGAGCCUGUAGUCACUGUUUACAAAAUGUGUAUGGUUUGUGGGUUUUUCUUUCCUAACCAAGACAGUUUAGUAGAGCACAGUAAAGUACACAAUAGAGAGGUGGAGCCUGGCAGAGAUAAAAACAAGAAUGCCACUAAUGAAUCCCACGCCACACAAGAAACAUUUCUACACAGUCUCAAACUUCGGCCUUGCUCUGACGGAAAUAAUUUACAUCAAGAGAGAUCAUCCAAAUGGAUUGCCCAGCUAGACCCUUUCAACACAUACCAGGCCUGGCAACUUGCUACAAAGGGCAAGAUAGCGGUUGGACCCAAUAAUACUAAAGACAUGGGCCAGGAAGCCAGCACAGACAACGAAGAGUGCAGCUCUGAUAAGGAGGAGUUGAGUAAUAUUUGGGCUGAGGGCCAAGGGGACAAGGCUAUGAAAGAGGUCCUUGGGAGAGAGCUUAGGUCUCGGCAGCAGACCUCGGCAGAAACCCCAUCACCAGAGCCAGAACACAGGUCUCUAAUGCAAAAAGAUAAGGACAAGGAAAGGCCAACCACUUGCGAGGACUGUGGGAGAGCAUUCAGGACCUAUCACCAGUUAGUUCUUCACUCCAGGGUGCAUAAAAGAGAGAGGGGAGGUGAAGAGAGUCCGACAGCCUCCAUUGAUGGGAAGUUGUCAAGAGCAGGUUCAGUGGACCAUGCAGAUGAUGUUUCUGAGGAGGGCUUAGAGGAUACAGUGGCAGACACCUUGGGCUCAGGUGAGGAUGGUUUUGAACGAUCAAAAAUGAAAUCAAAAGAAUGCGGCUACUGUGGCAAAACAUUCCGGUCAAGCUAUUACCUCACUGUUCAUCUAAGGACUCACACAGGUGAAAAACCAUACAAGUGUGUGUACUGUGACUACGCAGCGGCCCAAAAGACAUCGCUGAAAUAUCACCUCGAUCGGCGUCACAAGGACAAGCCUUACCUAGAGAUCCCCAGCAGACCUGUGUUUUUAGUUCCCUCUUCCAGUUACAAAGAACUUGGAAAUCACAAUGAAAACACUGUCCCAAAUAGAUCCAAACUUUGGGUUCCUGGACCCAAAAUGUGUGCCAAUGGAAAACCAGAGGACAGACUUGAUAAUAUAGGAAGCGAUCUUGGCAAACCACUCGUCCAAAUGAAAGCUGAGUAUGAGAAAUUAAUUGCUAAGCCUGCUUACUCCCCGACUGAUGAUGUGCUCAUAAAAUGCCCUGUACCUGUUAACCUGAAAAUGGAACGAAAGGAGAUAAAAGACGAGAGCUCUGAGGCCCCAUUAAAUCUGUCCUUAAAAGUGUCUCUUUCCAUCCCUGCUUGCUCAGAGCCCAAAAAUGCAUUAAUUCCGAUUGCCUGUUCGUCCUGUGCAUAUAAAACUCUGUACCCAGAGGUUCUGAUUAUGCACAAAAAGCUGACUCAUAAAGACAAGUCAGACAUUACUAAAAAGAAUGGCUUCAGAGGCAAUCUGAAACAAAAACGUUACACUGGCUGCCCUCCUGCCCUUGAAGGGAAAGACGUCACCCCACUUCCCAUGAUUGACAGGAGUCAUCCUCGUCGAACCAAGUCUCCAACUCCUCAGCCUUCAAAAUCACAAGAGAAGACUCAACCUGCUCAUCCACCUCAUGCUACUAAACAGUCCCCUACCCAUGUACCUCGACAUGAGGCCGUCCAGGAGACCCAGCAAUAUAGGCCCAAGACUGAUUCACACACCAGUCUGGAAUCCCCCAGAUUCACAGAGCUCAUGAAGAAAUCCAGUACCAGCAGCAAGUUUGUAAUAGACAAACUUAGUCCACCAGACAGAGUGGGAAUUGGUGAGAGGAGUUACCCAGUGAGGUCUGGUGUCAUUUGGCCCUCAGAUGCUGCUCGGCUGUGUCUGUCCAGCCGGUUUGGGAGCCUUUCCCAGAGGGAUGUAGGCGAGCCCUCCAGCAAGAGAUUAAAGUACUUUAUACCCCCAGGCAGGGAAGCUGACACUGGAGAGAAACCUGGCUUUAGAACACCAGCAGGGGAUGGAUCCAGCCGGCUGCUUCUCUCGGGGAGAAGCAUGAAAACCACAUCACAAGGGUCAUCUUCUUCAGCUGUCUCUGACACAUUGGGUCCUGUGAAAAGUCCAACUCCAGCUAUUGCAGGGGGCAUGGACACCGAGUGGGGCAUGAUGAACCUCCUGCGCUCCUACGCGCCGGGUGACCUAGCAUCUCUUUAUCACAGCACAGCAGCAAACCCCAGCCAUGGAGGACUCGCCAUCCCAAGAGCAGGGAGCAGAGCAACACUCUACCCACACUUGCCCACUCUGCCCAACCUGCAGAGGAGAGACCACCCAGGCCCAUUCCCCAAUCCACGCUACGGAACUACUGACAAAAAUACCUAAAAUGGCACCAAGAGUUCAAGUGUGCUGCUACUUUUUUGGUGAACUAAACUGGAGGCUUUGUGUAUGAAUUAAAUAAGAGAGAUGUUUGUCCUUAAAAGAACAUGCAGGCUUCCUCAGUUGAUUUUUUUUUUUCUCAGCGCAGAAGAAAAAUUGUGUUGCACAGACAUUUCAGAGCUCAGGCCAUCAAACUAAAUCUGUCUUUAGUAUUGGAUAGCAAGUGCAGGUCAUCUCUCAUUGAAAAUAUUAUUCACUGGUGUGCACUGUUUUUUUUUUUUUUUUUUUGGUUCCGCGCAGAACUGUUGCUAAAUCUGUAGUUGAGCCUCACUGUGACCUUCAGCUAUAUGUCUAUGAAAUAACAAUGACACUUGUGUGGGAUAACAUAAAUGUCAUAUUGGUAGGUCUUCAGGAAAUACACAAUUUACAAGUAAAAACAGAAAACUUAAACUAAUUUGUGAAAAUAUGCUGCCCUGUCCAGUUUUUGUUGUGCAGGCAGUAGUGAAGCACUAUGGUUUUCCAAAGCACUGGAGGGUGUUUUUUUUUUUUUUUUUUUUUUAAAUUUCUAUUAAGUUUACUUGAUGUCUUAGCCCAGUGGUUUACAAACAGGCCACAGCCACAAGCUCUACUCUGUAUCUUAAAGUGGUCUACCUCAUUUAAUAAACUUGACACUGUUAUUUUUGUAAAGCUACUGUAGCUAUCAUGUCAGCUGAACCUGUGUACUUGGUUGCAUAUUAACUAGAGCCAGAUGUCUUGUGAGUUUGAGUAGUUUCACUGAAUGGACAUAGAGUAUAUCUUUCGAGAAGGUAGAGGUUUAUAUUUAUAGAGUGCCUAAUACAACAACUGACCAACUGCUGCUCAGGUUAUCAUCUGGCACAUGAGUCAAAGGAAAUGGUUUGGGUUGAGAUGAUCACAAGCCCUGACAAAAACAAGGAUUUGGGGCAUCCUUUAUGUCCUGUUGAAAAAGCUGAUGCACGUCAUCUGCUUUGUCAAUGCCUCAAAUCCAAUAUGCUGUAAAAUUUGUACCAAAUCUUACAUGGUUAUGUUUGUCUGUUUACUGGUCAUGCUGUACUCUUUGGACUGUACAUUGGCAGCGUUCAGGAUUUUGUUUAUAUUAUGCAGGAUCCUGGAAGUGACUGAUUUGUUUCAAGUUGUUGCAAGUAGUCUCGACUGGUCAUAAAGUGGCCCUUUUUAGAUGAAAGACUAUUUGGUUAAAGGAAAAAAAAAGAAAAAAAGAAGAGGUGGGGACAGCCUUGUUGAUAGAAUGGUUUAAUACAUUGUACACUGUGAAAGAGAAAAUGCUUCUCAGGUCUGAUAUUUACAAGCUAUUGGAUACAAUCUUUUCUGUAAUUUUUUUUUUUUCCUUUUUUUUUUCGCCAGUUUGAAAAAACUUGCAUUAAGUUAUUUACUUUUUUGGUUCGAUUUUCACAUGUGUACUUAAUGGAAAAUUGAAGAUACUAUUGUUUGAGAUUUGUAUGACACGUUAUAAUAAUAAAAUGAGAGUCGAUUUGUGGCA